GCUCGCUCUAGCUAGCUCCUGGGUCUGCACCUUGCUAAGGUACCUGCAGGUAUUCAUGCAGCUGGCAUUCCAAGGAGAGGACCCUGCUUGGCACAUGGAGCAGAGCCACUCGUACGCCCCUGCAAUAGGCAGGAGGGUUUGGUGCCAGCUGGCCCUUUCCCACUUGCAUUCAGGGAGAGCUGGCUCCAAGCAGUGCCUACUUCCAGUUUGGAUGGACAAAGGCGUGAUGUGCUCUGCAGCCUUUUGCCUGUUCGCUGUAAAGACUUACACCGAUUUUAGUAACGUUGUUUGUAAGCUCCUAAUGUGGCAGGAUGUUAGUCCCAAAUUUAAUGGGAUCUGAACUGAGGGUAGAAAAAUGCACAGGGCAGUUGAAAUACAUGAAGAGAGCAGGAUAUAGUCUUUUCCUUUUUAUCCUCUUGAUUUAUGUUCCUAAAUUCUUCCUUUUCCUCUUACUUUUCAUGAGUGACAGAUUUUUACCUUUUUGUUCAGAAGAGCAAUUAGCAAGGCUUAGCCAUAAUAUUUUGACUUCCUAAUGGUUACUUUUCAUAGAAGAUUAGCCAAGGAAAAAAAUCUCAUGUUGUGAGAUUACUUAAAAUACAUCUUGAAAUCCUGCCAAUACUUCAUGGACAGAAAAUGCAAUUUACUGAUUCUUAUUUUGUGUUUAGACUAAAAGUCACUGAUUUAUAUGUAGGAUUUCUAAAAUCUUGACAGUUUUACUGCAUGCAUCUAAAUUCAGCUUCUGUGUUUCAGCUUGUAUGCUGUUUCCUCACAAAUGCUGAUCAGGUGGUUGUUUAACAGCUCUGCCUUGGAACUGAGCUCUAGUUAGGAAACUAAAUGCAUAAAUGCCUCUAAACUCACUUGCCUCAUUUAACAUGCUGCAGCCUCAUUUGUCAUCUCAGCUCUGGUUUUGAUGACUUCCAGAUGUGUUUACAUCUUUCCUUGGCUUUUCUUUCUCUUUUUGUCAGACACAAGCUCCUUAUCUCCUAAUACCAGUCUUGUGAGGUUGGUAUCUGGUCCCGAGGAUCUUUCACCUGGCAGUGCCAGCCUGGCCUUGAGGUGCUGUUUCAUCUGAAAUGGGGGAGAAAAGCCUCACUGUGCUUUGGAUAACCAAAGUACAGUGCUUUUUUAUUGGAUUCUUCUUUAAAUAAUGCCGUUUACUAUGAUGCUUAUAGAUUGCUAGUGUCUGCAGUGCUUAUAGCAAUUCUGCUCUCUGGGCUUAUUGAUUUAAGAAUAAUAAUAUAAAAUCCUGCAGGGCACCUGUGUUCAGUAAUCUUUUUUUUUCUAUGUUUCUUCAGCUCUGUUUUGUAUCAUUGUGAGUGAAAAACUCAGGAAAAGAUUGCUGCUUGUCACAGGUAUAUUAUCUAACCAGUGGCUCAAGGGAAAGGUUACCUAUUUUCUCUGGUGGGGGCAUGUUGUCUUCACUUCAGCAUGAAACUAAAGUGUGGUUUUAGGCUGUGUACUUGAAUCAUAGUAUCACCACCUGCUGCCUGUACAGCCCCCCUGCACAAGGGAAAGAAGAAACAAGCAGUGUGGGGCCCUUAAUACCUUAUCAGGUGUGCACUGCAGCCCUCGCAGCAGAGGCUGGUCACUGUUCUGCAGCUGCAGAAGUGGGGUGCGGGGUACCUGCCAGCAGUGCUGCUCCUCUCCCUAUGUCUUCCCAUACUUCCUCUCUCUCUCCUGAUGUCUACCCCCCAUCUGCAGCUAAAAGGUUAAGAAAAUACUCAGAGUGUGGCUGAAAUGCAAUGAUCCCUUUCAUACUGUUGCACUGGCAACAUGGCGUACGUGGGGACUCCCCUUGGUAUUUUCUCCUUUCUCCUUCUGCUGUCAGUGUGUUCUUCCCUGCUUGAUCCACCAGGGUUAUACUGGUGAGUGUCCCUAAAGGUUCAGGUAGCCUGUCCAUAAAUCUCUGUGUGUACUGCAGAGUGCAGAGCCAGGAUUAGUGGUCUCCAGAGUUUUUCUCAGGCCCAUGACAGGCAGUGCCAUUACUGUCAAAGCCCUGACAGGGACCUUCCCAGGCCUGCACCACCACUGGCACUCACCCACCUCUGAGGCAUCCGCUGCUUUGUUCUUGCUAAGGCGGUGGCUGAUUUCUCAGAAGGCCUCUGGACGUUCUGCAAAUCUGCAACACAAAGAAGCAGAUCAGUAGUGAAGUGUUUUUAUGGUGUACUGUACUUGUUUGGUAAAUAACCACAGAGGGAUGCUAGCUGCCUCCUCUCCAAUCUCAACAUGUGCAUGUGCCUGCUGAGGCGCUGGGUUUCAACCAGCCAUAGCCUUUCUGUUUUCUAAUUUCUUCUGGCGUAACUUACACAUGGCUCUGGUUCUCUGUCUAUCGUGUGGCCGCAGCAUCCACAUGAAUGCAGGGCAGCCUGGGAUCCUCAGUCCCCAAACGUGCAGGCUGAUUUGGAGGCUGUGGAGGAAAUGCUGAUAACAACUUUGCCAUGUUCUUAAUGGCAAGUGAAAACAGAAAGCUGUUUGGGGUUGAUCUGAGCUGAAUACUUACAGCAGGAAGAUUUCCUGCCGGAAGGAUAGGAGGGUACAUUUAUCCAAAUAUAAAAUAUUCCUGGAUCUUUGAUGACGUUUUUCUCUCACCUGCUAUAACCUUGGCUAACCUAAUUUAUGAAUCAGAAGUAAAAAACAAGACAGGUACUUUUUCAAACCUUUACAGCUAGUGCCCAGUGAAACUCUCAAGAAAAAGUACCUUGGAUGUAAUAAGAAAACAGUAUAUUUUCAGUGAAGAGUGUGUUAUAAGGAAUAGAAUGGAAUAGUUCUGUUGGAAGGGACCUUGAGAGACCAUCUAUCCCAACUGCCUGCCCACUUCAGGGCUAACCAAAAGUUAAAGGAUAUUAUUAAGGACAUGACCCAAGUGCAUCAUGAGCACUGACAGGCAUGAGAGAUGAACCACCUCUCAAGGAAGCCUGUUCCAAUGUCUGACCACCCUCACAGCAAAUAAAUUUUUCCUGAUGUCCAGUCUGAACUUCCCUGGUGCAGGUUUGCUCUUUUCUCUCAUCUUCUAUCUAUCAAAUAAUAGUCAAUAAAGCCCAUCAAUGUAAAACUAAUUUAAUACGAUCUUUACAUUUACUGCACAUUUCAUUAAAGUGUUGAAAUUAUACUUACUCUUCAAAAUGCUUGAGUUAUGAGUUGAAAGAAACUGAAUUCUCCUUUGGCUAUGAUGAUGAAGUAUUUCUCAUUUUGCCUAGUUUUUUACUUCUCUUUGACAAGUUAGGUGCUUCCAGAGAGAUCUAUCUGAUAUUAUUAUAUCCCACAGAGCGCUUUGAGAACCAAUUUAUGUUUCUAGCAAGGAGAAAUGUUAGAUGUUUCAAUCUCCUCAAGGAACAGCUUCAGCCUCUCUUCACUGUAAGAAGAGCCUGCCCUUUGCAGUGAGAAUGCCUUGUCCCACUUGAACCACAAGCGGAUUCUGGAUUCUCCCGCUUGGAGUUAAUGGAUGUAACCUGGCAGCAACCAAUCUAUAUGUCUUCUGUAAAUGAUCCUCCAAGGGUUUACCUGUAGCAGUGCUGUCAUGCUCCCAGGAAUAAUCACAAGAUUAAAGAAAAAGUCCCAGUCGGUGGAUAUUAGUGGGCCAGGAUGCAACCCAGUGGCAGCUGAAGCUCCUGUUCCUCAGCCCAGUAAACCUUUGCUUGCCACCAAAACGACUUCUGAGGAGGAACAGAAAAACACCGCCAAUACCCAAAGGCGCAAUCCACGGAGGAGUGAGUUGAAGAGAUAUUACACCAUUGACACUGGCCAGAAGAAGACUGCAGACAAGAAAGAUGGGCGACGAAUGUCUUUUCAAAAGCCUAAAGGGACGAUUGAAUAUUCUGUGGAAUCGAGAGAUACUUUAAACAGUAUUGCCUUGAAAUUUGAUACAACACCCAAUGAACUGGUUCAAUUAAAUAAGCUUUUCUCCAGAGCAGUCGUUCCUGGACAGAUUUUGUAUGUUCCUGACCCAGACUACAUAUCUAGUGUGGACAGCUCCCCCUCUCUAAGCCCUAUAAGUCCCCUAUCACCUACAUCUUCAGAAGCAGAGUUUGACAAGGCUACAGUAAAUGAUCCAGAUGGAGUCCAACAGAAAGAAUCAGUUGCUUCACCAGCACAUCCGUGUGUUCGGACUACAAGAGUGGUAUCAUCUACUUCUGAAGAGGAGGAAGCGUUUACAGAGAAGUUCCUGAAAAUUAACUGCAAGUACAUCACCAAUGGCAAGGGUACAGUCAAUGGUGUGCUGCUAGUGACGCCAAAUAAUAUAAUGUUUGAUCCUCAUAAAAUGGACCCUCUUGUCCAAGAGAACGGCUGUGAAGAGUAUGGCAUCAUGUGUCCCAUGGAAGAAGUGAUGUCAGCUGCUUUGUAUAAGGAAAUUAUGGACAGCAAAAUUAAGGAUUCAUUAAGCAUAGAUGUAGAGCAGCUGUCUGUAAGGGAACUUUGCCAUUCCAAGAAAGCUGCAAAGAGCAAUACAGAAGAAAUGGAUUCCAGGGUUCGGGAUACAGGCAAUGACAGCGCUAGCACUGCUCCAAGGAGUACAGAGGAAUCUCUUUCAGAAGAUGUGUUCACAGAAUCAGAACUCUCUCCAAUACGUGAGGAACUUGUUUCUUCAGAUGAGCUUCGACAAGACAAAUCUUCGGGAGCAUCAUCAGAAUCUGUCCAAACAGUAAACCAAACUAGUGCGGAAUGUUUAACAACCAUUUUGGACUUGAAAGAAGCUGGCAGUGACUUAAAAUCCUGUGUUGAAAUGGUUGUAAAUGUUAAGCAGUUAGGUACCCACGGCAUAGGCUCAGAAGAUGCAGAGAUGUCUGUGAAGGAAGGACAAGAAUCUAGUGAAAGCACUGAGAACAUCCUCCAGCAGUCUUCGCAAGGAUCACAUGUUAGUGAAGAACGUGACAAAAAGACGCCAAUGGGCAAAGAUCAAGACUCCACGCAAGGAGAAGAGCCAGAAAUAGAGAGUAAGAUGAGAGAGGAAUGUCCACAUUGUGAAAGUACCACAGACUCUCAAAAGAUAGAGCUGACUAGGAAGAGGAACACAGAGAAAGAGCAAGCUCAAGACUCUGAGGCAGAAGUCGAGGAACUUCGCAAACUCUGGAAGACCCAUACUAUGCAACAAACCAAACAACAAAGAGAAAAUAUGCAGCAGGAUUCACAAAAAGAAAUUAGUCAGAAAACUGUGACUUCAGGAGAUGGGCAAUCAGAAGGUUCUUCCCUUAUGAAAGAAAAACGAAGACAUCGGUCUCACAAGUUUUUGUGUCUCAAGGUUGGAAAACCUAUGAGAAAAACAUUUGUCUCACAAGCAAGUGCAUCAAUGCAACAGUAUGCUCAGAGGGAUAAAAAACAUGAAUACUGGUUUGCUGUUCCUCAAGAAAGGACAGAUCACCUGUAUGUCUUCUUUAUCCAGUGGAGUCCAGAGCUAUACACAGAAGAUACUGGAGAUUCUCUUCGAGAGCCUGGAUUUAUAGUUGUAAAAAAGAAGGAAGAACCUGAAAAUAGCGAAGAAUCUACUACUGAAGAUGCUGCUAAAGAGUGGGAGGUAGUAUCAGUGGCUGAGUAUCACCGCAGGAUCGAUGCUCUAAAUAGUGAAGAACUGCGCACACUCUGCAGACGUCUCCAGAUAACAACAAGAGAAGAUAUCAAUUCAAAACAGGCAACAAACAUCAAAACAGACCUGGAGCCUGAGGCAUUCCGGCCAAAUCUUAGCGAUCCCAGUGAAUUGCUUCAGCCAGAGCAAAUAGAAAAGCUCACAAAGUCUCUUCCACCACGGACCAUUGGAUAUCCAUGGACUCUUGCGUACAGUACUGCAAAGCAUGGCAUGAGUUUGAAGACUCUGUAUCGAACUAUGCUGGGAUUAGAUACACCUGUGUUGUUGGUUAUCAAGGACAGUGAUGGGCAGAUUUUUGGUGCGCUAGCAUCGGAACCAUUUAAAGUGAGUGACGGAUUUUAUGGCACUGGGGAGACCUUUCUGUUCACUUUUUCUCCAGAUUUUGAGGUUUUCAAAUGGACAGGAGACAACAUGUUCUUCAUCAAAGGCGACAUGGAUUCCCUUGCUUUUGGUGGAGGAGGUGGGGAAUUUGCUCUUUGGCUCGAUGGGGAUCUCUACCAUGGAAGAAGUCAUUCAUGUAAAACAUUUGGGAACCAUACGCUUUCUAAGAGAGAAGACUUCAUUAUUCAAGACAUAGAAAUUUGGGCUUUUGAAUGAGUUGUAAAUGAAAACUGUUUCUACAGGGUAUUGUCCCAAACCUGAAAUUAAUCAAAGCAGCUUGAAAUCCCUAUGAGCAAUAUAAUGCACCAGUUUACCUUUUUUUUUUUUUGUAGUUUUCAGCAUGGCCACUUAGUUAUUUUGCGGUAGUGGACUUAUUCCAUGCUUCCUUGUCUGUAAUAUGCUGUCUUACUUUUUUGAAGCUGUAGAAACGCAAAAUACAGACUGUGGACUGAAAAAGAACAUCAGUUACUUCGAUCCUUGCAGUCUAUGGAACUUUAUCAUCCUUUUUACAGUUGCCUCCCAGGUUUCCCACACACAUCUUUCUGUAAUCCUGCUGGGGGCUGCUUCAUUGAAUAUAGGUUAUUAUUUUUGUAUUUAAAUUUUAUCUGUGAAUGAAGUUGCCCUCUAUGAUCCUACGGAAGUAGAAAGCUGCGUGUAGGUACUUGGAAGUAGUACUGCAGUGAUUGGUCUGGACCAAGGAUGGAUAUAUUAUUAUGGUGCCACAGAUGAGAAGCCUAGCAUUCCUCCUUUGACACAUACUAGUACGCUCAUGGUUGAGUUAAAAGAUAUCCAAAGUCAACAGUGCCACUUGUUUUGGUUUUUCUUUUUUUUCACAUUAAGAAAGUGACUUAAACAAUGUGUUUUAGCUGCAUGAUGACUGUAUUAGUGGUUUACACAUGCUGUUAAUGAUCUGCAGGUUUGGGACAAUUACUGACAAUAUUGAGCUACAUGGCAAAGACUUAGAAAAUAACAAGGGAAUGUAAGAAUGUAAUAGUUCCACAAAACUAAAAGGCUAAGGCAAGUGAAACUCAAGACAAUUUGUAGCUAUAGUAGGGCAUUAAAAGUACAAAGAUUAUGAAACAAAUGCAUCUUUCAACAUAGUGUCAGAUAUAUACUGUUUUACUGUUGUAGCCGUGUAGCACAUCAACUCCAAGAAUAUAGCUUAUUCCUGUCCAAAGAAAAAAUAAUUGUGAUGUUUUGAGUGGGUCUAUGUUGUAAAUUUACAGUUAGCACCAGCUCUGAUUAAAAUGAGACAAUGUACCAUAGGUAGACAAUAUUGUAAUUCAGUAGACUUGUGGAAUAUGCAAACUUACUGUCAUGUGACCUCAAAAAAUGACAGACUAGUACACAGUUCCAGUAGCUCUUGUCCACUUUUGUAGGAAAAUUGAUAAGCCAUUGUGGCAAUAACAGCUCAACAAAAUUGUUUGUUUAAAAGCUUUUAUUCUAUGUUCUGCAAAAAAGGUAAAAAAGAAAAAAAAAGAAAAAAAUUGCUGUUAAGUGUGACAGUGACUGACUUUGUGCUGAAAUUUCAGCUAUUUCAGAUAAACAUUGUAUAUUAUCUUGUAAAUUAAUGUUUAAAGUAGUUUUGUUAUUAUAGAAAAGUGUUGAUUGACGGGUUGCUUAUAGCACUUUAAAUUAUUCUAGAAAUGGAAUAAAGGCCAAAUAAGUUGGCUUAAGUAGAUGUAGUUGUAUAUUUCAAAAUAUUUAGAUAUUUGGAAAGUUUUAAAAACUUAUUUGAAGACAGUUUACUGCUAUGGUAAUGAGAAAGGGCAGAUGGUUCAUCUUAUAAUAUGCUAAUGCUCUAUAUGAAUAGAAAUACAGGGCUUUGUUUCCUGUCUCUGUGUAUAGCUCUUUAUCCUUAUUAGAACUUAGUACAAUGUGUAGACUAAAUGUUUACAAAAUAAGGAAGUGUAAAUAAACUAAAAUGGCUUUUCUCCCUUUGGUCUUCCACAGCAGUAUUAUUGUCUUUGUGGAGUUAAGACUGAUCAUUGCAAAAAGAGAAUCCUGUAAUGGAUUUUAAAUACAGUCACAGUGAUGUAUAGCAAAUAAAUCUAAAUCUAUGUAAAAAUAAA